AAGCAAAAUGGCGGAAGGAUUUCUUGGUGUAGAUAGAAGUGAAAACGAAAGUACGGAGAACAGGAAAGCUCCCCUCUAUGAUCGUCCAGUGUUUAGGGAAAUAACCCUAUCAGAUGGAUAAAUCUCUAAGAUGAAGAAGGAUGAACUCACGAAAACACUGGAAAAGCUUGGGCUGGAUUCGCGAAGAGUGCAAUAAAGUAUAUAUGUGACCUGAAAUUAACUCAAAUCAACAAACUCGGUCCAACGGUGCUGUUCUAAGCCUGACCUUGGGAUAAGGGAACGGGGAUAAGGAAAUUUUGGAAGGAUUAGGAAGGCAUUAAAAUGUCGUUAAAGUUCUCCCUUGACAAAUUACGCAAAAUUGAGAGACCAUCAAUAUCUCUUAGAAAGAGAUGAUGUACUUUUCCACACACUGUAAUAAAAUUCUUGAUCGAAGAUAAGACAAGUAACCUUCCUGCAACUAUAUAUUUUGAUCUACCACAUGUAGAUGCCCCAAGCUAAUUCUUUCAUAGCGAAGAAGAAAGUUAAGUUUGGUAAUCUAACAAUUCUGAUUUAUUUUGUAGAGGAAGAAAGGAAGUUCUCCAAAAGCGUCCAGAAGAUCAAAUGCAAGAAAAGAGAAUAAACAAGGUUCAUUUCGACUGUGUCAUAGAUUUUGAAGCAACUUGUGUAGAGAAUGACCCAAAAGACUACAUCCAUGAGAUAAUUGAGUUUCCUGCAGUACUUCUGGAUGCAGUUACACUGGAAAAGGUGUCGGAAUUUCACGAGUACUGGAAACCACAAGAUAAGCCACAAUUAUCAAAGUUCUGUUUAUUUUAAGGGCCUAACUGGAAUUACUCAGGAAAUGGUGGAUACUGCUGAUACAUUCCGAGGAGUCCUUGACAACUUUCACCAAUGGCUUGAAAAACAUAAACUUGGAUCGAAAUAUAAAUUUGCUGUUGUUACUGAUGGCCCUGACGAUAAGAAGCGUUUCUUCUCGAAGCAGUGCGAACUCUGCUCCAUUCCUAUACCCGAGUACGCCAGAAAGUGGAUUAAUCUAAGAAAAUUGUACAGAAAUAUUUACAAAGUGAAAGAGGGGACUCUUAAAGACAUGGUCAAGAAACUUGGUUUGAAAUUUGAAGGGCGGCUGCACUGUGGGAUAGACGAUGCACGAAAUGUUGCAAGAGCCUUACAAAAGAUGGUCGAGGAUGGCUGCGAAAUAAAAUUUAACGAGAAUAUGAAUGAUAACACCUAACUGUUGACGAACUCGGGACACUGCCAUCAAUUGAAAAAGCCGUGAAAAGGAAGCCCGUUUUUUAGCGUAAAACGUGGUGUUUCUAAAACUCACCAACGAACUGAAAAGAACCCCAGUUAGAAUUCAAUUUUCUGAGAUCAUAAGGGAAGUAAGUGAAAACAGUCAUUAAUUUAUCAACGAGCGUGAUUUCUCACUCACUCGAAAGAGCUUUUAAUUAUUUUAGGAAAGGUGGGUUACGUGUUAUUUUGCUAAUUUUUCCAUUU